CUGAGGGGCGGGUCAGUUAUUGUGCGCUUUAACGCGCGCUUUUUUGCGCACAGCACCUUUGUGUGUAUGUGUGUGUGUGUUGUGCUAGCUGCUAAAGUAGCUGAAAGGUUGGCCUCGCCGCUCCUCCACAAAGACAGGGUUUGACGGGUACAGAUCGACGGUUGGGACCUCCAGAAGAGGAAGUGUCACCUGCAACCGCGUUGUGUUAAGCACCAAACUUUACCAUGGGCAAAAAGUCUCGCGGAGAAGAGUCUUCAUCCUCUGAUGAGGAAGAAUAUGUUGUGGAAAAAGUGCUGGACAGGAGGGUGGUGAAAGGAAGGGUUGAGUUCUUCCUAAAGUGGAAGGGAUACUCGGACAAGCACAACACAUGGGAACCAGAGAAAAAUUUGGAUUGCCCUGAGCUUAUUUCAGAAUUCAUGAAGACCUACAAGAAAAGCAGUGGCGGGACCUCCACACCCAGCAGUGGGGCCAGCAAAUCAAACACGGCCGCCUCUGGACGCUCCAAAGAUUCUAGCAGCUCAAAGAAGAGGAGCUCGGAUGAUGACGAGGAAGGUGGAAGUAAGCCCAAGAAGAAAAAAGAGGAUGACAUUCUAGUCGCACGCGGCUUUGAGAGAGGACUUGAGCCGGAGAAGAUCAUUGGAGCAACAGACUCGUGUGGAGACCUCAUGUUUCUUAUGAAGUGGAAAGACUCUGAUGAGGCUGAUCUCGUGCUCGCAAAGGAGGCCAAUCAUAAGUGCCCACAGAUUGUCAUAGCCUUCUAUGAGGAACGUCUCACCUGGCAUGAAGACAGUGACAAGAAGGAGAAGGAUGCAGUCAGUGCGUGAGUGUAUCGCCUCAGGAGGAAACGGGACCUCUUCACUGCAGGGACAACCUUGAGUCGGACAUUUUUCACAUCCUAAACUCCCAACCUUCAAUUUUUACCAUGUCCAGCAAUGACACACACAAAUUUUGGACACUGUGUUAUCUCCAUCCAAGCCUCAUUGGAGCACACGGGCCCAGACUACUAAAAAGGAUCCAUCAUUCAGGAGGAGAAGCUGUAGUUGACAUGGGUGAUAUGCUACUGGGGAGAGUUUAUACUAUUCUGUCUUUGUAUUCUUUACUUUCUUCAAAAAAAAAAAAAAAAUUUAACACAUUGUUUUAGUGCUUACAGGAUACGAUUAUGUUAGUGUUGAAAAUCAGAGUUGGUAAAGGCUGUGUUAACCCAGAGUGUGUUCCAUUGUGGGUUCACAACUUUUAAUUUGCUAUAAACGGUGUACCUCUUCUUUUUAAGAACCCAGCUGACACCACAAAGAUGGAAACAUUUUUUAUUUUUUAAAGUCAGGAAGCCGCCGCCGCACUUUCCUGACUGCAUAAUCGCUUCCUUUUAAAAGGAAAAACUUCGAUAUCAUAGGUUUCUCAUUUGUCUUGCUGUAAAGCCUGCCAGGAUGGAUUUACUCAGUUUUUUCAUAAUGUAAUUCAUAAUGUAGUGGUGGGUUGUUUUUUGUCUUGUGUGUGGGUGUUUUUUUUUUUGUUUGUUUUUUUAAUAACAAAGUUUUAUUUUCACGUUCAAAUAUACCGGUCUAUACAAAUAUACAUUACCACAUCAACAGCUAACCCAAAGGACAGUAAAACCAAUUAUGCACAUUUUUUUUCCCUUUUAAAUAAGCGUUUUUGUUUUGUUUGUUUGUUUUGGGGUUUUUGUGUGUUCAAGUCUGACAAUCUUCUAUGUAUCCAAGUGAAAUGAAGCCAGGGUUGUGCCUGUCAUUAGGGUCUGCCACCUUGUGGCCAAAAGAUGUAAACCUUGAAUGUGUGACCAAUCCCUAUGACAACCCUGUGGUUUUAAUAGUUGUUGUUAGUCAUCUUUUGAUUUUUAUGUUAAAUGGUUAUUGACAUUGCCAUAAUUUCAAACAUUAAAGCAAGCUUUGAACUGAAUUGGUCACAUCCUGGGUUCUCUUGUGUUGACUCUAUUUGUUCUUAGCUUAAGAUUUCUUUUAUUUUACUUACAUUUUUUUUCUCUUUCUUUUCUGGGACCUGAAAAGCACCUCCAAGCUUUUAUACACUAGAUGGAUGUCAGCUUUGCAGUUUGAUCUGUUGUGCUCCAGCGUGGACUCUUGGGACCAAAUGUUUCGUGUCUACCGAAUAAAAUCUGUUUUAUUUUUGAUUUAAAAUUUUUUUUAUCAAUGUUUUUAGCUUUAAUUGGCAUUGUGAAUGAAGGCUGUGCACCUCUCCCCUUUUCAUAUGUACCAUACACAAAUUAUGUCCCUUGAUAUUAACUUAGAUGAUCCUUCUGGUGUCGAUUCCUUUAAUAACAAGUAUUCGGUUCCUGAAUUAUUCUUUUUUAUUUUCUUUUAUUUUUUUGCCAGUGCAGAAUUUUUUAAAUGUAGACUAUUUCUUGUGUGAAUGAAAUGUUGUGAGUAUGUGUACAGUAGCACCCUUUAAUAAACAUUUUCAGUGUUAAA